AUUCCUCUACCUAAUUCUGUUGCUGGUAGAUUACGUCAUACUGUAUCAUCUUUUGUUGUUGAUCCUAAUCAUGUGUUCCUGAUAAUAGUGGGAGGUGUUGUCAAGGCUGAAAAGAUACCUGUAGGAGGAGGAGUAAUGGAAUGGUUUGAUACAUCUGUCACUGAUCCUAAUAUCACAAUGGUAGUUGAACUAGGUAAUGAUGCAUUAAUUCAAGACACAGUGUCUCAACAGUCAGUAUUAGAAGAAUCAACUAGUACUGGAAGUAUACCUAAAGAUUUAAUAACAUAUACUGGGCUGGUUUAUUAUGAGGAGAAAGGUGCUGAGGAUGUAGUCACUUUUACUGCAGCCAAGAAAUUAGAUGCUCUUGUCCAGUUUAUUGAAAAAAAGCAUUCUGAAGCUGAAAUGGGACCUUCUAUUUCCUUUUGUAUUAAAUCACCUGAUGGUUUCAUUGAAUUGAAUUUAAAUGCUCCACAAAAGAAGUCAUGUAAAGGAUGGACUAUUGAAUCUCACACAGAACCUUGCAGAUUAUAUCAAAAGGCCAUUUAUAAUUUCGGUAAAGAAGUUUAUUCUCUUCCUCCCUACUGUCUGCUAUCAGUUUAUUCAUCACCUGAUGCUGUUCCAUCAUUGCACUAUUCUGUCCCAGUAGAGGGUGUGAUUGAUCCUGUGACAAUAAAUAUUCACAGGUCAAAGAGAACUACUUAUCCUACAGCAGAUGCUGCUAGUAGUAGUACUGGAACAAUACCUGUACCAAUACCAACUAAAAGGAAGAGAGAAGGAGGUGGGGUCGAUAUUACAGCAGUUAAGCAAAAGAUUAAAAAGGUUAUGAAUGAGAAUCACGCUGAUUUUGCUGGACUUCUACAGUUUUCUCUGGUCCAUGUUGCUAACAAACUGUUUGAGGUUCAUAUAAUUCCGGAGGAAGUUCAGAAGUCACCUACUUAUGAUGCCAUUGCCACAAGUUUUCUAUCUCUAAUGAAUCUACUAGACUCUAAGUCUGACCUAGAGAAGCAUUGUGUGAAGUAUCUUGAAGCUCUGUCUAGUGUUGGAGGACCAAUAGAAUUUGCUGCUAAUCUCUUGAGGGAAAAAUGGACAACAGCUCUGGAGGGUGCACUUCAGUUAGAACAGUCUGUGAAAAGAGUUAGAACUAAUGAUAGUGACAUUGCACUUAAUGAUUUUAAUUUGGAGUUGUAGCUAAUGUUAUAUGUUAUUUAGUUUUAAAUUUAUGUUAGUUCUUAUCUUUAUAAUACUAUACUUGUAGAUGCCA